AUGGCCUUUGUCGCGUUGCUACCCGCCUUCGUGCCCGCCUUCGAUCCCGCCUUCGUGCCCGCCUUCGUGCCACACGCCGCUCCCUUCGCCGGACUUUUGCCUGCGUCCGCGCGUGCGUCCGCCGUCGUGGCCAAGGCCGCCAAGCGCAAGGCCGCCGCCGGGAAGCGCAAGCCCGCCAAGCCCGCCGCGUUUGACCUCAAAAAGGCCAUGCUGGUCGCGAUGCGAGCUCACCAGGAUCUGUGGCGGCUCGACCCGCAGAGGGAGUGCAGCCGCGAUGUGUACGUGCGGGCAGACGGCGGCUCGCGCUUCUUCUUUGCGGGCAAGGCGGUGGGCGCCGCCGGGCGGUGCGACGCGGCGUCGGCCGUGCUCUUGCAGAAGCGCGCUAUCUUGGAGCACGCGCGGCUCCUCCAUCCGGAGCUGGAGCAGAUGCACCGGUUGAGCAGGCCGCUCCAGCUCUGGGCCGCGCCGGCCGACUCGGAGGUCUCCGUGGCGCGCAAGGUGCAGGCGCUAGAGUCGCUGGAGGGGGCAAGGCUUUCGCGUGCGAUGCGAGAGGACGCAGACGCAGGCGCAACGCUCGCCGGCUUUGACCCCGACCAGCCCGAGAGCGACGGCCGCGCCGGCUUCUCGGCGCCGCCCCGGCCCGGCGGGGUGCGGCUGCCGGAGGACGGCGUCCCGGUCGCGCCGCUCGAGGUGAGGUUCGCGUCUAGCGUGGCCGAGGCGGAGGCGAUGGCGGCGCAGCAGCAGGAGGCGAUGGCGGCGCAGCAGCAGGAGGCGAUGGCGGCGCAGCAGCAGGAGGCGAUGGCGGCGCAGCAGCAGGAGGCGAUGAGAAAAGAGGAGGCGGCGGCACGCCCCGGAGCAGGUGGAGGCAUGCCAAAGCCGGUCGCGCCGAAGGUGACGGGCGCGGCGUCAGCGGCGGCGGAGUCGGCGACCGACUCUGGGGAAGACUCCGGCGGCGGCGUCGUGGGUCCAGCGUCUGCGUGGUGGGCCCGGUGAGAGGGAAGCACUGUAGUCGGCCGCCGACCAAACAACUC